AUGUCCUACGCGUUUCCUUCACGUCAAGUCACAUUCUCAGGCCAAACGAAUGUGCGCCAGCAGCAGUAUCCGCAACCACAACAACAGUCGCAGCCACCGGCGACCAGCCUUGCCCUCCCCUAUGCGGCAGCGCCAAAUCCAUACCUUGCAGCGACUGCUUCAUCAGCCUUAGCACUUCCUGGCCCUGCGCCUGUCGCGCCUUCGUUUGCGGCUUAUCAAGCUCAACAACCUCAGCAGUCGCAGCCUGCCCUAUCACAACAACCAGCGCAGUCUCAGACUCAAACGCAGAGUCAGACGCUUGUUGCGAGCAGUCAACCUGCUCCUAUUGCUGGACCCUCCACUCCCGCGCCCACUGCUGUGCCUGCAACGCCUGCGCCCCUUACGCUUGAGCAGCAGCACAUUACCGCCGUCGAGGGCAUCGUCCCAACGUUGCAAAACAUCGUUGCCACAGUCAACCUGGACUGCCGGCUGGAUUUGAAGACCAUCGCCCUGCACGCCCGGAAUGCCGAGUAUAACCCCAAGCGUUUCGCGGCGGUCAUCAUGCGUAUUCGUGACCCGAAGACGACAGCGCUUAUCUUCGCGUCGGGCAAGAUGGUUGUUACCGGCGCGAAGAGCGAGGACGAUUCGCGGCUCGCAUCGCGCAAAUACGCCCGGAUCGUACAGAAGCUUGGCUUCGAUGCCAAGUUCUCUGAGUUUAAGAUCCAGAAUAUUGUCGGUAGUUGUGACGUGAAGUUCCCCAUCCGUCUGGAGGGUCUUGCGUACAGCCACGGACAGUUCAGCAGCUACGAGCCUGAGUUGUUCCCUGGUCUUAUUUAUCGCAUGAUCAAGCCUAAGGUUGUGCUCCUUAUAUUCGUAUCUGGGAAGAUUGUUCUUACGGGCGCAAAGGUCCGCGAAGAGAUCUAUACCGCAUUCAACACGAUUUAUACAGUGUUGUGCGAGUUCCGGAAACCAUAG